UGGCAUGCUGUCAUUGAGUAAAUUUCCAAAAUGUGGCCACCUCCCUCAGCCCCUCCCCUUUGGGAUUUUGAUUUUUAGUGUUUCAUGAGAGCAUCUCAACUCUUAUUGUUCUUCAAACUUCUGCGUCCAGAUCACGAGGAACUUAAGGAGGCUGAUUGCAGGUGUUGAGCGAGAGAUGUCGCAAAAAUGCGGUUUCCAGUGCCUCGGUCCUCUGACGUUCCAUCCCAGGGCCCUAGGAGACAAGAUCCAACUGAGUCAGGACAAUCGCCUCGCAAAGAGGUUCAGCCAAUUCCAAAACGGCCUGGUGUUCAGCGAGCGGCCCGUGAGGGUCCUGGAGCGCAUUCGGCUGCGGGUCGAGAGCCACGACGCCAAAUGGCACGGAGCGUUGCGAGUGGGCUUCACCAACGUUCCGCCGGAUUCCCGAUCUCUGCCCCUGCCCAAAUUUGCCAUCCCUGACCUCACGGACACCUCCGGUCACUGGGCCGCUGCCCUGUACAAAGACUUUUGUCUGACGGGAUCCGUGGUGGAGUUCUGGGUGACGACCGCAGGCAGUUUGUACGUUUCAACGCGGGGAGGCCACCGGCGCAAGCUAUUAACAGGAGUGUGCAUCACGAAGCGUCUGUGGGCCAUGAUUGACGUUUAUGGACAGACAACCUCCGUUCUGCUCUUGGGUUCCGUGAUCCGCGGAACGUUUUUCACCAGGAUGUCAUGCCAGCAUCUGCCCUCGCCGGUUUUCGACACGGGCUCGUCGACGUCUGACAACGGCUCCCGCCACGACCUGCCGCUGAUAACGGAGGGCGGAGAAGUGAUGACGUGUGUGGUGUGCAUGGAACUGGAAGCCAACCGCUCUCUGCCUUGUGGUCACCGCUGUUUGUGCGUCGCGUGCUACCAUCGAGUCUUGGGGCUUUUCGGCACGUGCCCCCUGUGCAGGAAGAGAAUAACGGACACUGAGAUGUCUGCUGACAAUUUUUUUAUGGACUCUUUCUUUCUGUAAAUGUGCAGCACUGGUAAUUUGAAGCUCUACUGUAUUUCUUGAACGUGAACAAAAGGCACUUUUAGUCUGGGAAAUAAUAAAGUACAGGUAGUGUACGUCUCAAUGGAUUAGAAUUUGGUAGAAAAGUCUGUUUAUUUUGGUACUCAUAGAUUAUAUAGUCAUUAAACAUUUCAACAUGAAUCAUCAUUUGUAUUGUUUCAGGAUUGUGUAUUACAGAAUAUUUUAGUUUCGAGAGAUGGUGAAUUUGACACUUUCAUUUGCUGUAAGCUAUAAACAUCACAAUUAUAGAAGAAAUGUGCAAUAUUCUGAGGAUACAUACUCUGAGCAUGUGUCGUGCAUCUCUAUGAGUGUCGCCUUUUGAAUGUGUAACUAAAUUAACCUUUUGAUCAAUGACGUCAUAUAAAUGUAUGUAUGUAAUUAUGUAUGAUGUAUGUAAAUACAGCCAUGAAACCCAAACUAAAGGUAUUGUUGAAGAAAGAUCUUUCUCUGGGUAUUUUCUCUUUGGGAAAAUAAAAUAGAAAAUAAACAAAGUUCAGUUGCUAGCUUGGGAACAACUAUUAUAAAAUAGUCUGCGUUCUCCUCAUGCGCUUGCGUGCCGCCGUAUAAUGCAAAAUCCAUUCAACACUUUAUUAACAAGCCAAUGCAUAAAUAAUGUUUUGUCGCUCAAAGGGUUUCUUUGGACCCAUGUAUAUUAUUUGAUUGAAUUCCAAAUUGCAGGACCAUUGUGACGUUUGGAUUUUGACCUUCAAUUGAAAAUGUAUUGCUUCAGCUUUUUUUCUCACCUGUAGUACAAGGCCAGUGCAAAGUGCACUUUUUACUUUCAUUCUUACAGUUUUGGCCCGCUACAACAAAGCAAAUGAUUCACAAGAUAAGCUCAAAGUAAUUGCAACUAAUCUCGCGCUUAUUGUUUUUUUUUUUAUUAAUUGUUCUCACGUGCUGCUGCAUAUUUGCAAAAAAAAGUAGCUGCAGUGUGACUAAUGAAGACUUUACAAAAGCGUAUGUUUUAACGCUUAUCCCUGUACCCUACCCUUGAGCAAGGCAUCUCCUUCCCCUUCGGGUUACGUUAGGAAAUGGUGUUUUCAAAUCCCAGCUGUCUUGGACCCAAGAGGUCAAAGUGAAUAUAUGCAUGUUCAUAGCAAUAAUGAGUGAAAGAGUGUUGCCCUUUUGUCU